AAUAAUUUUGAACAAAGUGGCCCUAGUUAUGAUUCUGCGAAAUCGAUCAUGAAUAGUGAACUUGCAGCACACUCUUAUGAUGGUGAACUAGCAUAUUCUAAUGAUACUAAACAUUCGAGACCAGCCUUAACUAAACAUGAAUCUUUUUCCAAAAGAUCUUUGGAUAUGCUUUCGCAAGAAAAACAGGAUGAGUUAUUUGGGGCUGAUUAA